UGGUUUAAGCCAAUUGGAUGUGGAGUUGGGGUAUAUUCCUCCAUUAAUCGAUCGAAUGACUCACUCUCGCAUAAACCUUCCCCUUUUCAACGAAAACCAUCUUCCUCUUCCCCUUUGGUGGUAGCUUUAGGGUUUCCUCAUUUCAUCCACUUCCCAAGCUCCAUGGCUUCGUUCCUCUCUGCUUGAUUCUCUCUCUCUCUCUCAGAAGAAGAAGAAGAGAUGAAUGUGAGUCAUGCAUCGGUGCAUCCGGUGGAAGAUCCUCCUCCAGCUACAGCCACGCCAGUAGAGAAUCAUCCGCCACGUGUUAGGAUGGACGAUAUAGAAGGGAUGCCUGGCACUUUACUCGGCGUUGCUCUUCGUUUCUUCCAGUUCUUGUUCGCAGCUGCUUCUCUUUCCGUCAUGGCUUCUACUUCUGAUUUCCCUUCCGUCACCGCCUUCUGCUACCUAGUUGCAGCCACUGGACUGCAGAGCUUGUGGAGUCUUUCACUAGCCGCCGUUGAUGUAUAUGCCAUUAUGGUCAAACGUUCUCUACAGAACCGACGGCUUGUGAGCGUGUUUGCAAUUGGUGAUGGGGUGACAUCGACACUGACUUUUGCAGCGGCUUGUGCGUCGGCAGGCAUAACGGUGCUGAUAGACAAUGAUCUGAAUAGCUGCGCACAAAACCACUGUGUUCAGUUUGAAACAUCAACCGCAUUAGCCUUCAUAAGCUGGUUUGCUGCUUUGCCUUCUUUUCUCUUCAACUUCUGGUCUCUCGCAUCCCGUUGAUUAAAAAAGACAGAUAGAAAAGAUGAUGUUGCUGCUCCACGAGCAUGCGUUUCCACGGUGUGUUAAAUGUGUGUGUGGGGGUUUUUUCACGGUGUAUAGUGACUGUUUUUUUCUUAUUCGGGUUUGGAUCCAACAUUCUUCUAAACCCGUUACCAGGAAACUGGGAACUGUUGUUCGUUUUGUUAAACACUGACAAAAGAUUGGUGGGCUUUGGGAUCUAUGAUUGAAAGGGAAAGUUCAGUU